AUGUAUGGAUUUCUUGAUACCUACACUAAUUGGGUAUAUCAUGGGGAGACUCCCGUUUGCAUUUAUGAAGAAGAUGAUGACUUUCUCGAGGACGAGGGAGACGAUAUAGAUGGUAUGAUUAAUGAUGCUUUUGGUCUUAUGGAGGAAAAUGACGGUCUUGCAUAUUCUGAGGAGAUUAAUAAUAUUGAGCUUGAUAAGGAAACUAAGGCAUUUUUUAAACUAUUACAAAAUGCCAAACAAAAGUUAUAUCCUGGAUGCGAGUUCACGUUAUUGUCCUUCAUACUUCGGUUAUUGCGGGUGAAGUCUACUUACCGUUGGAGUAAUAAGUCAUUUUCAGUGCUAUUAGAGAUCUUAAAAGUGGCUUUACCUCAUAGUGCUGCAUUUCCGGGUUCGUAUAGGGAAGCAUGGAAGAUAAUUAAAGGGUUUGGUCUGGAUUAUAAGAAAAUUCAUGUAUGCCCUAAUGAUUGUAUGUUGUAUUGGAAAGAAACAGAAAAUGAGACAAGGUGCAGUAAAUGUCAAAUGCCAAGGUGUAAAGUUUGUGAUGAUGAAGAUGAACGCCUAAAGAUUCCAAGUAAGGUUGUUAGGUAUUUUCCAUUAAUACCAAGACUUCAAAGGCUGUAUAUGUGCACCGAGACAUCACCACUCAUGAGAUGGCAUGCAGAAGGACGAAUAGAUGAUGGGGUACAAAGACACCCUGCAGAUUCUCUCGCUUGGAAGACAUUUGACCAACAACAUUCUCUCUUUGCAAGUGACUGUCGCAAUGUCAGACUUGGACUAGCGACCGACGGAUUUAAUCCUUUCAAGUCCAUGAGUGUUUCUCACAGCACGUGGCCCGUAAUACUUGUUCCAUACAAUUUUCCACCGGGGAUGUGCAUGAGCAAGUCGAGUAUCAUGCUAUGUUUAUUAAUUGAUGGUCCUACUGCCCCCGGUAAUGAUAUUGAUAUUUUUCUACGACCUCUUAUGGAAGAGUUAAAAGAGAUGUGGAGUCCAGGAGUGCCGACUUAUGAUGCAACCAGCAAACAAAUGUUCAACAUGCGAGCUGCACUUAUGUGGACAAUCUCCGAUCUUCCUGGUUAUAGUAAUUUAUCUGGCUGGAAUGUGAAAACUGAAUAUGGUUGCCCGUGUUGUUGUCUCGACACCCACUCGAAAUGGUUGAAAUAUGGCAGAAAAUAUUGUUUUAGGGGUCAUCGUAGAUUCUUGGAUGAAAAUCACAAGUUUAGAGAUGAUUCAAUAUCAUUUGAUGGCAAUGUAGAAUAUGGCUAUAAGCCCACUCGAGCCUAUGGAAAUGAUUUGAUUAAUGAGUUGAAUGAUGUUGCCACUGUAUAUGGUAAGAGGAUAUCUUUACCGUUGAAAAAAAGGAAGCUCGAUGGCACCUCAAGACAACAUAAUUGGAAAAAGAAAAGUAUUCUCUUCGAGCUACCUUAUUGGAAAGACAAUUUGAUUCGUCACAACCUUGAUAUAAUGCAUAUUGAGAAGAAUGUUUGUGAUAAUAUUAUGUGGACGGUUUUGGGCAUCAAAGGAAAAUCAAAAGAUAAUUUGAAUGCUCGUCUAGAUCUUCAAGAUUUGGAAAUCAGAAAUGCGCUUCAUCCACAACUACAUGGCAAUGGGAAGGCUUAUUUGCCUUAUGCAAGUUUUUCCAUGAGUAAGAAAGAUAAAGAUAUGUUCUGCAAAAUAAUAAGGGACGUGAAAGUGCCUGAUGGAUUUGCAUCAAACAUUUCAAGAUGUGUAAAAAAAAAAGGGUGGAAUCUUUCUGGACUUAAAAGCCAUGACAAUCAUAUAUUAUUGGAGUUGCUACUGCCAAUAGCUGUGAGACAUUGUUUGCCUAAAAAUGUAAGCAAAGUUUUGAUUGAGUUAGGCAAUAACUUUAGGCAAUUGUACUUAUGUACACUUAAGAACUAUGUCCGCACAAGAAGCCGCCCAGAAGGCUCGAUUGCCGAAGGAUACUUAGUUGAAGAAUGUAUGAACUUUUGCUCUCGGUACUUGGGUGAUGUGGAGUCAAUAGGUGAUCGUUUUAGGAGAAAUUAUGAAGGUUUUGAGAAUAUUUGCAAAGGAGAAGGUCGUGUUAUCGGAGGAACAGAAAUAAUAUACAUGGAAACAAUUUCGUGGACUCAAGCGCACAGAUAUGUUCUUGGAAAUUGUGACAUGCUUGCUCCAUUUCGUGAAGAGCACCUUAAAGUGUUACAAAGUGAGAAGCGUCGGUUGGAUAUAUAUGAAAGACAAAAGAUCCAUAAUGCAACAUUCUACCAAUGGCUUAAAGAAUAUGUUUCAACAUUAGAGAAAAGUGGCAGAAAUGUAAGUCAACUUACAGAUGAAGUGAGAUGCUUAGCAAGAGGUCCUGAUAGAUGGGCAAAAAGAUAUUCUGGUUACGUGAUAAAUGGCUUUAGGUUUCACACUAAGGAUCGGGAGAUGAGAAAAAAAACCCAGAACAGUGGUGUUUUCUUAAGUGCGGUUGCUGAAAGCUAUUCAAGUAGUAAAGAUAAAAGACCAAUUUCUGAUGUUGUGAAUUACUACGGUAUCUUAACAGAUAUUGUUGAAUUGCGUUACCCAAAUGAAAUGACGUACGUGCUAUUUAAGUGCAAUUGGGUUGACAAUAAUGCAGGGGUUAGAGAGGAUGAGUUUAAGUUUACCUUAGUAAAUUUCAACCAUUUGUUAUAUAAGCAUAAUCGGAUUUCGGAUGAACCUUUUGUCUUAGCUUCUCAAGCCCAACAGAUAUGGUAUGCGCAAGACCCGAUUGACAUAAAUUGGCAUGUUGUUGUUAAGACAAUACCGCGUGACUUAAUUGAUAUGAGGUCAAAUGACCUCAUGGAAGAUAUUAUGGAGAUUGAUGAGUCUGGUCUUCUCAAUGGGCAGUCGUUGAAUAAUUCUACUACCAAUUGUGAUGAACGUGAGACAUGGGUGAGGACUGAUGUGGAAGGAAGUAUAGUUCUUACAUCUGAAAUUCAGGAAUUUGAAAUAAAUAGGAUGAACCAUCAAGAUGACGACUUGGGUGAUGAAGAUGAAUAUGAGAAUGACAAUGAGGAAGACUUGUACUACAGCGAUGAUGACGAAACUAACCUUGAUGCAGCUCAAGCUAGUGGAUUUAGGCUCUAA